AUGGGUAAAAAUACCGACAAGCUCUAUAUCACACACUCAGAGUGGUCCUCGUCGGACGCGUACGGUGCCAACACCGGCUCCCGAUCGCAUUUGAGCGGCGCAUCUUUUCGACGACUUCCCUUCAACUUCUGCGCCGCGAGCCUCCAACCCUUCCGAAAUCCCGUCUGUACCGCCGACGGAACCAUAUAUGAUGUCGAGGUCAUUUCAAAGUGGCUAGAAAACCACAAGACCGACCCUGUGAAAGGGGAACCGCUGGCAGCACGCGACCUCAUAAAGCUAAACUUCGCCCACAAUGCCGACGUGGAUCGCAAGGGCGCCGACGGGUCGGCCAGCGAUGGCAAAGGCGAACUCAUUGACCCUGUCACGUUCAAAGUCUUUACCGACAACACGCAUAUCGUUGCGAUCCGACACGGAACCUAUGCCAAUGUUUUCGCUUGGGACACGGUAGAACGCAUGAACAUCAAGGCAAAAAUGUGGCGGGAUCUCAUGGACGAUGUCGAGUUUGGCCGGUCGGACAUCAUCACACUCCAAGAUCCACAGAAUGCUGCCAGCAGGGAUCUGAGCCAGUUCAAGUAUCUGAAGGACGGCGAGGACGCACUUUUGACCAAAGAUCAAGAGGAGGAGCGCAAAGAAGGCAAUGUGAACAUCAAUGCUCUCGGGAGAGUUGGCGACAAGGUCCUAAGAGCGAAGGAAGCCGUUGAGAGGGCGCGGAGAGAACGGGAGGCCGGCGGGGACGUCAAUCGGUCGAAAGCCAUUGCCAAAGCAUCCACAAAUAAUGGCAUGAGGCCAUCCACGAUUCAAGACAAGAAGCUCGCCCACAAUGCAGCAGCCUACACAACAGGCAGGGCCGCAGCGAGUUUCACGAGUACGGGCUUGACACCCGAGACAAGUGGCGAACGGGCCACUCUGACAGACGAGGAAUACAUGCUGAAGCCCAAGCGGGUCAAGAUCAAAGGCUACGCUCGCAUGGAGACAAACCUGGGCGAUCUGAAUAUCGAAUUACAUACCGAGUAUGCGCCCAGGGCAGUGUGGAACUUUACAAGGCUGGCGCAAAAAGGAUAUUACAAGGGUGUUGCGUUCCAUCGCAACAUAAAGAACUUUAUGAUCCAAGGCGGCGACCCUUCAGGAACUGGACGGGGAGGGACGAGUGUAUGGGGCAAGAACUUUCAAGACGAGUUUGACGGUCCAAUGACUCAUGAUUCGCGCGGCGUCCUCAGUAUGGCUAACAAGGGGAAGAACACCAACUCCAGUCAAUUCUUCGUCACGUACCGGCCAGUCAAGCACCUUGACAAUAAACAUACCAUAUUCGGCAAAGUGGUGGGAGGGAUGGAUGUCCUGAGCAAGAUGGAGGCGGUCGACACAGAUGGCUCAGACCGGCCCCUGAACAAGAUAUUCAUCAAGGACAUCAUCGUCUACCUGGACCCGUUCGAGGAAUUCCAGAAGCAAAAGUACGAACGCGACAGAGCUGCGGAAGCAAAGGCCCUGGUCGAAAGAACAGGCGGGACUGAGGACGACCGGAUAACGUGGACCGGUAAACGCAUCAGGCAAGAUGGCACCGUAGACCAGGGCGGCGGCGAUGCCAAUGUCGGCAAGUACCUCAAGGCCGCAAAGCAUAAGCAACCUGCCGAAGACGAGAUCAUCGAAGAGGAUAUGGACACUUGGGAAGAGCCGGUGAAGAAAAAGCCGAAGAUGAGUGGGUUUGGGAACUUUGACAACUGGUAA